CACAUAUAUCCUCUUCAAUACAUUUAUUAUUUAUACACUUUUAUUCAUUUUCAUUUUCAUAAAUCAAGGAAAAGAAAAAACGUUGGAUAAUUUGUGAAUAUGUUGCGUGACUAACAUGAAAGAUUGACGGUUGAAGUUGAACAAACACCGCUUUGACUUUUGACCUUUGAAUUCAAUCAUUCAUAAUCAUCAUUUUCUUCUUUUCUCUUCUUCUUUAAUUUCAAUAAUUUCAAUUCAAUCUGAUACCACAAACAAACCAACCCUUGCUUCCUUCCUUCAUUCCGAAGAUAGAUAGAUAGAUCAAUCCCUCGAUCGAUAUGAAGUCUCCGUUCAAAAAACUACGCGGGUUGGGGCUAAACAAGCAUCGUCCUCAACCUCCUGCCCAACUGGAUGAGCUUUCUCAGGCCUCACAGGAUAUGCAACACAUGAAAGAUUGCUAUGACAGCUUACUUUCCUCUGCUGCUGCCACCGCCAACAGUGCUUACGAAUUCUCGGAAUCAUUGCGGGAGAUGGGAGACUGUCUUCUGGAGAAAACCUCGCUAAACGACGACGAAGACAGCGGCAGAGUCUUGCUCAUGCUCGGAAAGGCGCAGUUUCAAAUACAGAAGCUGGUUGAUACCUAUCGCUCACAUAUUUCUCGGACAAUCACAGUCCCUUCAGAGUCCUUGCUUAAUGAGUUGCUUGUAGUUGAGGAGAUGAAAAGGCAAUGUGACGCCAAGAGGAUGUUGUAUGAUGAAAUGAAACAUAAACACAAACAAAGGAGGACAAGGUUAGCAACAUUAGGAAGCAAUAAUAAAGGUGAAUAUGUUUCUUCCAGUCAGGUGCAAGCAGCUAAAGAGGAAUUUGAGGAAGAUGCUACAUUAUUUAUCUUCAGAAUGAAGUCCUUGAAAGGGGGUCAGUCUCGAAGUCUCCUUACGCAGGCUGCUCGCCACCAUGCUGCUCAGAUGUCGUUUUUCAGGAAAGCUCUUAAGUCUCUUGAAACGAUCGAGCCACACAUUCAGUUAGUAACAAAACAGCAUCAUAUUGAUUACCACUUCAGUGGGCUGGAAGAUGAUGACAGGGACUCUGUUUUUCUUACUGAUGACGAAACUGACGACGAAACUGAUGAUGAACAGCAUUACGGUGAAUUGAGUUUUGAUUACCAGAGGAACGAUCCCAAGGAUUACGUAUCAAGCUCAGAAAGCUCAAUGGAGUUGGUAGACCUUACAUUCCCACAAGUAGAAUCAGUGAAGAAGGAGGAGGAGGAGCAGAGGAAACCCCUUUGGAAUUCAUCUACAUAUAAUAUACAAGUGAACAACAACAACAACACUUGCAGCAGCAAAUCAGCACCACUUUCUGCUAAGAGUAGUAGUAACAUGGACCCUAGUCAAAAGUUUAGACAGUCAUCUGCUAGAAAAUUAAAUACAUAUGUUCUCCCAACACCACUUGACAAAAAUCCAAGCUUUACUACUCCAAGUAGUCCACAACCAGCAUCAACAAGUAAUGCUAAUAUGUGGCAUUCAUCCCCUUUGGAGUUUAAGAAAUACGAAGAAAAAGCCAAAUUCCCGUUGUCGUCAAGCAAACCAACUCAGCUGCCGUCUCCGUUAAGACAUCCUUUUAGUGACAACAAGGUCAAAAGAUAUGCUUUCUCGGGUCCUAUACCAAGCAAUUCACUGUUAAAUAGCGGUAAAUUGGUUAGUGGUAUUCUUGUGUCAUCGCCUAGAAUUAGUGAACUACACGAGCUCCCUAGGCCGCCUGCGUCUCCUUCAAAAGGUGGAGGAUUCUCUGCCCCUUUGGUCUCGUUCAAAGAUUCUAAUAAGUCAUCGCCCCCAUCAGGACGUUGAACACAGGCCAACGGAUCCUAAAACUGCAUUUUUAGGUAGGUACACAUGUUAUUAUGAUAUGUUCUAUAAUAUGAGGUAUUGUUGGUAUGUCGGGAUUAUUUUUGACCUGUGUAAUUGGAGUAGUAUUUUAAUUUGUAUAGUUCGGUGUUGAGUUUACAAUGAUUAUGUAUUAAUAUUAAAAAAAAAAA